AUGAGAGAUCAUUUUCUCACCCUCACAGGCAUCACGCCAUCGAUUAUUUUCUGGGAGAUAUGGCUGGCCAGAAACACAGACCGCAUGGAUGGGGUGGCAGUCUCAGCUCUAAAGGUAAUCUCCAAAGUGACUCGUUGGAUCCACGUGCUUGCGCCCCUUCUCUCCCUCCAACCCUCAGUUAGAAGAACAUCUGCCAAGGCCCUGGACAGCCUGGGCCUCCUCGGGAAUGUUAUUAUCCCAAGGCAUGUCGCCAUGAUCAAAUGGACUCGCCCUCCUCCUGGGUGGAUCAAAGUGAAUGUUGAUGGUUCAGCCUUGGGCAACCCGGGAAGCUCGAGAGGAGGCGGAGUUGGUAGGAGUGGCGAUAGGAACUUCUUAUUUGCCUUCUUCUCAGGCUAUGGUUUCGGAUCAAAUGGCAGGGUUGAAACAAAGGCAAUUUGGGCAAGAUUGUCGCUUUGCAGAGAUCUCGGAUUCAACAAAGUGGAGCUGGUAAGCGACUCCAAGGUGGUGGUUGAUUCUUUAAACAGGCAGGGGGCUAUCUCUUGGGCUUUAUGGUAUUGGUGGGCCAGAAUCAAAGCCCUCAUGACCAGCAUGGAAGUUUCAAUCUCCUACUCCCCCUAA